AUGAACUACGAAUAUUUUUGGCCUUAAUAUAAAAUUAAACACAUUAUCCAAGGAGGAUGUGUUUCAAAUUAAAAUGGAAAGCUAUAAAAAUUCAAAAUAAAUAAUACUCAUUCAAUGUUGGAUUCUAUAACAUCAAUUAAUUCUGAUAUAAAUGAGCCAUUAAAAUUAAUUUUAAUUCAAGCUGGCUUUCAAUAUUAAGAUCUAAAAAAUCCUACUUACAAUCGUUUGUUUCGUUAUCUAUCUUAAGAAUCAUUAAAAAAUACUACUAAAUUAAUUGACAAUAAGUAAUAAAGAAAAACUUAACCCUAAGUAAUACCAAGUAGACACUCGACAAUUAUGCCUAAGAAAUCGAUUAUCCUAUCAUAAUUCAAUUUUUAACAAAGUAUAUAUAUAAAGUCAAAAUAUAUUUUAGAUCAUUAAAAUGCUUAAGAUAAAUCAUCUCUUAAAUUACUAAAUAAAAUUCCUGCGCUUGAUCUUAUUGAAUAAAUUUAAACACUUAAUCAUAAAUAAAAUUAACAAUAAGAAAGUUAGGAAGAUGAUGUAGAACCUAAAUUUGCCUUAAAUCUUUUAGCUAGUUCAAGAAAUCUGGAUUAUAGUUUUUCAAGUCAAUCUGAUGAAUCUUACAAUGAUUAAUUAGAUUCUUGA